GGAAGACGGCUCAUGUUGGAACCAGUGUCUUCAAAAAGGCGUACCUAUUCAACUGUGUUGUUUUAAAAUAAAUCGGGUUUUUGUCUUUAUCUUGGACCGACAGUUGUACUUUUCCAUCGCGCUUUGUUUAACGGCUGCUGGCUCUCCAAGAAAUACGGUGCACAGCAAUCUGCACCCAACCUCAGCACACCCUGCCUCGCACCAGCUGUUUACAGUUGACAACCCUCUUCUGUGACGGUAUUCACGAACAAGACUAUCCUCAAAGCCUCUCCAGGGAAUUCCGUGACGCACAGCGAAGAAUGAUGAUCUUGGUGCAGCAUUUUGACAUGUACGUGGGCCUGGUUACCUGUCUCUCUUGGAGUUAGGGUGGAGUGGAGCUUGAGUGGAGGAGCUGAGGGCUUGGAUGAGGCACAGAGCUGAGGCCGGCCAAAGAUGACGGAAGAGGUGAUUGUCGUCGCUAAGUUCGACUACGUGGCCCAGCAGGACCAGGAGCUGGACAUCAAGAAGAACGAGCGCCUCUGGCUCCUGGACGACUCCAAGUCAUGGUGGCGCGUGCGGAACGCCACCAACAAGACGGGCUUCGUGCCCUCAAACUACGUGGAGAGGAAGAACAGCGCUAGGAAGGCCUCCAUCGUGAAGAACCUCAAGGACACCCUGGGAUUCGGGAAGGUGAAGCGGAAACCCGGCAUGAGGGAGACUGCCUCUAAUGCUGAUGGCGACGUGUUCUUGGACAACGGAGAGCGACUGUACGACCUGAACCUGCCGGCGUUGGUCAAGUUCAGCUACACGGCCGAGCGGGAGGAUGAGCUGUCACUGGUCAAAGGCACGCGGGUCGUCGUCAUGGAGAAGUGCAGCGACGGCUGGUGGCGUGGCAGCUACGACGGCCACGUGGGUUGGUUCCCGUCCAACUACGUGACAGAGGACCUGGAUGGCACGGCGGCGAUGGACCCAGUGAGCUCGCUGACCGAGAAGCUGGCGGCCGUCGUGCAGAGUGCCAAUGGCAACCGCGUGCUCCAUGUGGUCCAGGCCCUCUACCCCUUCAGCUCCAGUAACGAGGAAGAGCUGAACUUCGAGAAGGGUGAGGUCAUGGACGUGGUGGAGAAGCCGGAGAACGACCCCGAGUGGUGGAAGUGCCGCAAGGGCGACGGGCGGACUGGGCUAGUGCCCAAGAACUACGUCACGGUGCUGCAGAACUCCGAGCAGGGCAACGGUGGGCCUCCCACGCCCGACUGCGACUAUGUGGCCCCCGCGGCAAAUGGGCGGUUUGCAGGGAAACAGUGGUACUACGGCAAGGUGACCCGGCACCAGGCUGAAAUGGCUUUGAACCAACGGGGCGAGGAGGGCGACUUCCUGAUCAGGGACAGCGAAUCCUCGCCCAACGACUUCUCCAUCUCCCUGAAGGCCCAGGGCAAAAACAAGCACUUCAAGGUACAGUUGAAGGACAGCCUCUACUGCAUCGGUCAGCGUAGGUUCAACUCCAUGGAGGAGCUGGUGGAACACUACAAGAAGGCCCCCAUCUUCACCAGUGAACAAGGAGACAAACUGUAUUUGGUGAAGCCGCUCUCCUGACUGCACCCGGACCUCCCAGGACCGCAGACACUUACAGCCGAGUCCCACCGGCAGAAAUAGCAAUCAUUUCAACGGGAGCAGAGGACAGUACAUGGACAGUGGCCUCGUCGGGGGAAACGACUUAAGGAAAAAACAUUCAAACGUAUUGGUUUCAUGAGUCGUGUUUAGGUCGUAGAUGCAUAUGUAUAUUGACUACAGCAUUUAUCAACUACAAUUUAGUUUUGUUAAUAUAUAUUAUAUUCAUUUUAAAGCUUGCCUUGCUUAAAGUGAACUUCCCUGGACUAUCAGACACCCAAGAGAUCUUUUUUUUCUUAGUGUCCGAAGAGCCCGGAUCGAGGAAGAAAAUGGACUCGAGAUCCCUUGAAAUUGUACACACUCACUCGCUCAGCAGUGCUAUGAAAUCUCAGUUAAUGGGCCAGCAACCAAUUAAGACGAUGUGUAAAGCUGACUUUGACAGGUUUAUACCCCCUGAUGCAAGAUGAAUCGGACUUUCUGUUGCUUCUGGAGGUUUUGGGAGGGGGGGGGGCAUGUGGGAUCGUGGGUGUAACCCUAAAACGGGGAUUUCCAUUCUUCCCAGGGACCCCUGUCCUUCUGGAACAAAUUCUUGUAUCGUUGGUAAUUCCUGGAGGUCUCCUCCUCCGAGAAGCAUAUCGUGUAGUCUUUAGAUAAUGAAGUCGCUGCUCCCCCCCCCACCCCCCACCCAAGUGGAGAGGAUGGCUUUGUCCAUUUGCGGUGUCUUUGAAGAGAAUGAUGUAAGAAAUGGGCAGUACUACUCAGUGGUUCAGAACAGGGGUGUCCAGUUCAAAAAAACACACAGGGUUUACUAUAAGGGGUCUCUCUCCAUCUGGUUUACUAAUGAUAUUACCCUGUGUGUGUGUGUGUGUGUGUGUGUGUGUGUGUGUGUGUGUGUGAGAGACAGAGAGAGAGAGAUGAUUGCUCUCAUAGUAACUUACGUUCAUUUAUCAUCACAGCAUGCUGCAUGUUUCCCAUCUUAGUUUUGCACAGAACUCUAGCCAGUGAUGUCAUGCCCCUGUUUGCAUUUCUUUCUCGCUUCUACCUCCCUCUCCGGCUCCCUCCACUGUCGCUUGGCCUGAAAUAUAGAUCUGUGUUACCCUGAGACUCCGAGCUAACCCUAACCCUGCAGCCACUUUCCUCGCCCGCGUUUCUCUAAAUACACCUGUAGCUUUAAGAGAAUUUUUAUUUGGAGGAAGAACCACUGACUCAGAAUUCUCCAGGGGCCAAAAUUUUUAUUUUAGAAAAUUUUAAGGAAGGAGAUAUUUUUAGAUAUAAAUGGUAGUAUUGUCUUUAUGGAAAAUAGCAGUAUCUUGUGGCAUUUCUGUCGGAGCUCCAGGGGCAACUGGCAAAAUGAUAUCCUGCAGACCCCUGGUGGAGGAGAAGUGGAUAGAUGUACUUAUGAUAUUAAGGUAUUAAUGUUUUUUACAUUAUGGGAGCUAGACUGGAGGUUGAGAUGAUGGGAAAGAAAGUAAGUUAUGUGGCAUGGUGGGCUGUCUGGGGAAAAUUGGCCAAUGACAGCGGGGGGGGGGGGCAGCGGUAUCCAGGCGAUUUGAGAACCGAGCUUUUGAGAAGAGUGCCAGGAUCGCACUCUAAGGUGAGACGAGGGCGUGACGGCCGCCUUGACGUGCAGAGGCACCGCGACUGACCCGACCAGGAUCAUUCUUCAUUUGUUUCACGGUGUCGCUAACAGCAGAACAACUGUGUUUUUGUAUCGGUUAGAUAUUGCCUGUGUUUGGGGAGGUAUCAUGUGACCUUAAUUUAUUGUAGUUCAUCUUAAGCUAGGAAUUAUUAAUUUGCAGUAAGGUAAUAAAAAUGCCCAAUACUGCCUGGAAGUACUUCACGAUGGAGGCUUGAAUGAUUGUUCACCCCCCCCCCCCCCCCCCCAAUGUAGUUAAUCUGGUGCAUGUUUGGCCAUCCGAUGCCAGCGAAUCGGAGAGGCCGGUUCUUCCUGUCGCUCUGUCGGACGACGCUGAUUGGCCGGUCUGGGCCAAGUGGCCGCUGAGUCAGGCAUACCAUCUGGACCCCUGUGAAACAGUCGGGUGACGCAGAGCAGUCUCGCCAAGCGGUGGAAAGGAACAGGCUAUACUGUGAAAAAUAAUAUAUUGUUCCCUUCCUGUUUACAUGGGAGGUCAGCUUCACAUAUAAUUGAGUUUAUCUAGACUGUUAAAAUUAAGUAAUAAAAUGGUUAAUGACUGUGUUGCUUGUGUUAAAUUUAAUUUGCCUUAAGAGCAAUACCUGUUGUUCACAGAACUGGGUGGAAACCAAGUGCUGGACUGGAUUCUGUACCUUUUGGAGACCUCUAGUGGCUAUGCAUUGUAAAAUUUACAUGAAAUUGUAAAAUUAGCUAUGUGGUCAUUAAUCUUCACAAACCAUACUUCAUAUGUCUGGCUUUGUCACGUAAAAAAGGGGAAAACCAUUAAAGAAGUGUAACUGAA